UUUAGCUCUUUAUAAAUCUGACUACAGUUCACUUUUUAUACAACAUCACUCAUAACAGGUCCAUUUCAGGGGAGGAGCUGUCAGAAAAUGGCGUCUAAAGCUGUAAUAUCAGUGGAAGAUUUGACCUGUCCUGUGUGCUGUGACAUCUUCAGGGAUCCUGUUGUCCUGUCAUGUAGUCACAGUUUGUGUAAAGACUGUCUGCAGCAGUUCUGGUAUAAAAAAGGAUCACAGGAGUGUCCUGUCUGUAGGAGAAGAUCAUCAAAAUCUGAGCCUGCUCGAAACCUGGCUCUAAAGAACCUGUGUGAGACUUUCUCACAGGAGAGAAGUCAGAGAUCUUCAUCAGGGUCUGAGGAGUUCUGCAGUCUGCACAGUGAGAAACUCAAACUCUUCUGUCUGGAGGAUAAACAGCCUGUGUGUGUGGUGUGUCAGACUUCAAAAAAACACAAAAACCAUGAAUUGUGUCCAGUGGAUGAAGCUGCACAUGAUAGCAGGGAGGCACUGAGGACUUCACUGAAGCCCUUACAGGAGAAACUGGAGAUCUUUAAAGAAAUCAAACUGACCUGUGAUAAAACAGCAGAACACAUUAAGACUCAAGCUAAACACGCAGAGACACAGAUUAGGAAAGAGUUUGAGAAAUUUCAUCAGUUUCUACGAGAUGAAGAGACAGUCAGGAUAACUGCACUGAGAGAGGAAGAGGAGCAGAAGAGUCAGAUGAUGAAGGAGAGGAUUGAGGAAAUGAGUAGAGGGAUUUCCUCUCUCUCAGACACAAUCAGAGCCAUAGAGGAGGAGAUCAAAGCUGAAGACAUUUUGCUCCUAAAAUGCACACUGCAGGAUCCACAGAUGCUUUCAGGAGCACUGAUCAAUGUGGCAAAGCACCUGGGCAACCUGAAGUUCAGAGUGUGGGAGAAGAUGCAGGACAUUGUUCAAUACACUCCUGUGAUUCUGGAUCCCAACACUGCUCACCCAAAACUCAUCCUGUCUGAGGAUCUGACCAGUGUGAGAAACAGUGAUAAGAAACAGCAGAUUCCUGAUAAUCGAGACAGAUUUGAUACAUGUGCAUGUGUUGUUAGCUCUGAGGGUUUUAACUCAGGGACACACUGCUGGGAUGUUGAUGUUGAGAACUGUACAGACUGGACCCUGGGUGUUACCUCAGAGUCAAACCAGAGGAAGGGAUGGAUGUGCUUUGACACUGGUGUCUGGUGUGUUCGGUAUUUUUUAGGUCAUUAUGAAUAUUAUGGUGGAGAGGCAUCAUAUGUUCCAAUGAGAGUGAAUAAUAAACUCCAGAGGAUCAGAGUGAAACUGGACUGGCGCAGAGGAAAACUCUCAUUCUCUGAUCCUCUAAAUAAUACACCCCUACACACCUUCACACACACUUUUACUGAGAGAAUGUUUCCAUUCUUCUAUAAUUACUGUAUUGUCGGUCCUCUGAGGAUCUUGCCAGUGAAGAGCUAUGUAAAAGUGAAACAACACAGGUAG